CAGAGCCCCAACAUCAAGUAAAAAAUAAGAAUAAUAAGAAGAAUAAGACAAAAACUUCAACUCAGGUCAUACCAUCAACCCGAAAAUUAUUAUUUUAUAACCGAGAAUCAAUCGAAUAUACCUACUAGGAAAGUAGGUCUUCUCAAAAAAUGGCUGAUAGCGACGACGAACCAAUAGCUCUCUCUUCCCAUGCACUUUCUGCGCUGCAGGAAUUCUACGGCGAGCGCGAUGCGCAUGCUGAAAAAUUCGAGAAGCUGAAGACAGCAGCCGAAGACGAGCAUGUCGACGCCCAACCCUUAUCCAUGGAUCUCUUCACCGAGGAUUGGAAUAAGUCCCAAUUUUGGUAUUCGGACGAGACGGCUAUACUUUAUGCGAGACAGCUAUUAGACGGCGUAACUGAAAACGAUGUUAUCGCCGUGGUGUCGACGCCGAGUGUUUUCAUUGCCUUAAAGAAUCUAUUGAACACAGCAGAUGCAACUCAUCCCAAGCCGAAGCAAGUCUACCUCCUCGAGCACGACCAACGCUUUGCUGUCUUCCCCGAAUUUAUCUUCUACGAUUUCCAGCAGCCCGUUAAGCUCCCGGCUCAUCUGAAAGGUGCCGUUGACCGUAUCAUAUGCGACCCCCCUUUCCUCAGCGAAGACUGUCAGACAAAAAUUGCUUUGACGUUGCGCUGGAUGUCUCGAUCAUCCUUAGGGACAAGCGCCCAAGGUCACUCUCACCCUCGGAUAUUAAUCAGCACGGGAGAGCGCAUGGAGCCUCUCAUCAUGAAGCUAUACCGGUCUUUAGGGGCACGCACCACGACGUACGAGCCAAUUCAUGCUCACGGGCUAAGCAACGAAUUCUAUUGCUACGCUAACUUCGAGUGUGACGCAUGGAAGUUUAUAGGCGAGAAAGAAAAGGCCGACAAGGGCCAGGAAACUAUAUAGACACGGCUAAUUCGAGAGUUCGCCUAAGGAGGGCGAACUGAAAGUACUUAUACCCAUCGUCUAACACAUUCAUAGAUGCAUAGCUCAAUCAUUAUUUAGCUACUUCUUGCUCA